GCGAGACAAAAGAAUUUUUUGAAUCAAAUCUUUUGCCUACUAAUAAAACUAAAGCAAACAGAUCAUCAAAAGAAUAUAGUUUAGGAUCGGGUACAAGCAGUAGUUCUAUGGAUGAUAAAGAGGAAAAAUUAAGCAAAGAAGAAGUAAAGGAUACUUCAUCUUUUAUUUUGGUUGGGGAAAUAAAUGAUUUCGAAUCUUCAUCCGGAUCUGGUGGUACUAAUGAACCGGAUUCACCCCCUUUAAGUAUGUCAAUAUCUAACGUUGUUGAACUUGAAAGAGGAAAGGGCUCUUUAAAGCGAAAAAAAUCAAAUCGUUCUAUAUUUUCAGUAUUGUCUUUAUCCAACAAAGAUACAACAAAUAAGGGUUCUUUAUCAGAAUCUGAGGGUGAUCCUCUAAAAACGACAUCACCCAAAUCACCAUCGAAAUCUGAAAGAAUUUUAGGACGUUCGGGGUUUUCCUCUUUAUCUAUAAGAAAUCGUCGUUCUAAAUCCACUAUAUCCUUAGAUGAUAAAUUACAUAUUUCUUUAUCACCUGAACAUUCUAAAUUAGGGUCAUCUGAUAUUCCCGAAAAGACUUCAAAAGUUGGAAAACUUCUUGGUUUGACUCCAAUGGAAGAAAGGAUAUUAUUGGAUAAACCUUCGAAUGGUAAAAUUAAUAAAAAGAUGCGCAGUCCUCCCGCUUCAUCUAUUGAUGAAAAAAAUAAAAUUAAUAACCAGAUCAUAGGUGGAAGUAGUAAUAAAGUUAAUAAAAUUCUUGGCGUAUCAGACAUACAUGAUGAUCCAUCGACAUUAGAUACAAAAUCAAAUAAGGCAGGAAAAAUUCUUGGAUGGGAUGAUAAUGAAGUAGUUAAGAAAGCAUAUAUGGAAAAAGUAGUAUCUGAAUUUAGAUCUUCUCGUGCGAACGUUAAUAGUCAUGUCACUGUUGCUAGUAUUCGUAAUACUUCAGCAUUUACUGGACAUUUGUCAAAAUAUAUAAACACUAAUUUUGUUCUAUCAAAAUCGAGAUCGUGGAAAAGAAGAUUUUUCAUCUUAACCAAAAAUACUUUAUAUUGUUUUAAGUCAAGUGAUUCGACGGCUAUUUUAAUGGACAGUUUGGAAUUGGCUGCAAAUACUAUUGUGUGUGUUAGUGAUGCUUUUAAUGGUCGAUCUUGGGUGUUGGAGGUUAGAAAAGACAAUAAACCGUGGUAUUUACAAGCAGACAAUGUUGAAGACAUGAAGAUUUGGCUAGCAGAAUUAAAGGCAACAGUGGUAAAAUAUAUAUUUACAACACCAAAAAUAUCGAUGGAAAUUCCACCUACAGUAGAGAAAUCUUCUGAAGAAAAUAAUAAGACCUAUGAACAAAUCUCUCUUCCUCCUCCGCCGAGACCGAUCCCUCCUCCACUUCGAUCGAAGUCUCGUUCGCCUUCUCCUACAACAAACUUGACAUCACCAAUUCAUCCAUUGUCACCUCACCUUAUUGUGAAUGGUGAUGUAGAAGAAUUUAUUGGGUCCCCAACGAAAUUAGACCAGAAGACAUCAGAAUGUACAUCACGUCCUUCUUCUCCAGUUGAGACUUUAUCACCACCAAGAACGAGGCAUGGUCAGGUCAUACCAAAUGAGCACGCAACAUAUUCUGACCCUAAUGAUAUACGAGAAUUAUCACAUGUGAGAAAUGAUCCUGGCCCUAUGAAUAUAGGAUCAUCAAUAAGCACAGUUACACCACCUCGUAAACGUCUCUCUCCACCCAUAAAAAGGGAAGAAAGAAAUAGCAUUAGACAAAGUAUUCCGAUAAUUAUGCCAACAAACUUUUUUAAGACAAAUCAGCAUAAUGCUAUUAUAGGGACAUCAUUACCACCACCUCCUCGUUCGUCAAGAUCACCUCCUCUUAUAAGAUCUGAAAAUUCAUUUACACCAGAAGACCUACUAUCUAUUAAUCAACUUGGACCUCCACCAAGUAUUCCCUUACCUUUACCUCCUCCUAGACCAAAAUGUACAAUAACCCAAAAUUCAGUACCUAGAUCAAGAAUUUCCAAUGAUACAUCAAGACCAUCAUCAUAUGAUAGAGUAAAAACAUUAACACCAACACGUUUUACAAAUUCAAAUCUCAUGUCUCGUACAAUGAUUCAUCCACCUCCUUCUCUCCCACCUCCGACUAUACCAUUACCACCGAUACCAGCAGAAUCAACGGACAAUGAUAUAUCAGUGACACGUAAUUCAACAUCCGUUAUAACUGAAACAAUAAUUGAGUAUCCCGAUGAUGACGAUUUAGAUCCGGAUUAUGCAGAAGAAUUAGAGGCAUCCCGUCAAAGAUCACAAAGGACGGAGAACAAUACUUCAACUACAAAAACUAUUUUCUUUACCAUGUCUGACGUAGUUGAUUAA